UUUGUUUAGGCAGUAGGGAGGUUCUGUCAGGGUCUGGAUUGGAGUAACAAAGAACCGGACCCUACGUUUUAUGGUUGGAGUCUGAGGAGUAAAACCAGGAUUUCCCUUGCCUCAAAGAGUCUACAUGUCUAAUAUUUAGACAUGUUCAGCUUUGUGGAUAUUCGGUUAGCGCUGUUGUUAAGCGCAACAGUGCUAUUGGCGAGAGGUCAAGGAGAGGACGAUAGUAAGUAUCACUUUAUAUGAGAUUAUGGGACAGGGACGCUCGCAGGAACAAUUGGAUAGCGCGUAAAAGGAUGCUGCGCACUUUUCUUUUGUGUUUGGGAUGUUGCAAAUGAUGCUUACCUACCCUGUGGGACACUUGGCGUUAAAUUGUCAGCAAACAUCAUCAAAGGGGUUAUACCAUUGCUUUUGGAGCUCCGAAGCUCGAUGCAUUGAACAAGGAUUUUAUAUUUUUCUGCUUCCAUGGCUGAGUGUUCCCUGGCGUGCAGACACAUGUUUAGUGCGCCCCUGCCCUCGCUGUUCACGCGCUAUUUAUUCCUUGUCCUCCGGCAAGGGGAAUUCUAGCUGCUGCAAAAGCUUGGAUGCGCAAUGAUGAGAUGAUGUUCAGAUGGAAUUGGAAUAAACUACAAAUAUACAAACCACUUGAAAAAAGUAUAUUACUGAUGUUAAUUAAAUAAAAAUAAGCAAUAGGGACAUAUUUUUCUGAAAAAAAGCUCAGAACAAAAGUUCAUUUGCAACUGAGGCCUAUCACCAAAAUCUAGGAAUUAUAUUAUGUACAAACGCAACAACGAAUUAUACCUGGACUGGAACGAGCUCCUGAAAGAUUAGAAAAUAGGAAAGCCACGCCUUAUUCUUCAUUAACCUACUAGUAUAAAUUGAAGUUUGUAACCUAUUUAAUAAACUCCAUGGAAUCUGCAAGAAUACGUUUUUGCUUUAGAAUAACUUUAAACCAGGGAGGCAAAUUAAGUGAAAAUAGUUUAACUAUGACGUCUUCAGUGGAAUUGUCUAGACAUCAAUUAAUCAGAUUGGAUAUAGCUAGGGGCGUGUGGCUCGUAGGAUAAUGUCAUAGUACAGCCUGGGAGCGCCGCCAUGUGGUACAUAUUAGAAAUGUAGGCCUCAUCACUAGAAUUACAACACAAGGAUAGGGCCCCACCCGAACCCCAGCCAGAGGGCCAAGCCUACAGGCCUGUCUGAUGUUGACUAUAGCAUCACUUGUAGUUCAAAGUUCAAACAGAGGCCUUGGUAAUUGCCAUUACACAUUAUGCAUGCCACAAAGCAUUUGGAAACCUUUUUAUGUUUCAAGGGGCCAUUUUCAGCGACCACGUUACAACUUCCAUUAGACAUCCCCAUGGCCUUUGGCCAAUGCUGGUCUACUGCAAAGGCAACAACUAGUGCAAUGCAAUAGGACAUUCAGUUAAUUUAUGCUUAUAGUAGGGAGUAGUAGGGUCUCUGUGGGCUUUUUCUGAAGAAUUCUCUAAAUAGGCCUAUAUCUAAGAAAUAUCUAAAGGAUUCUCAAGUUGGGCCUUGAGCCUUUGGGAUCUUGGUAGGUCUAGGCAUAGCCAAACUUAGACCUAUAUCAUUAAUUGAGGCCUCCUAGAAUCCUACAUUAGGCCUACCUGUGGCAGGACUUGAGUUUCACAGUCAUGACUGGUUUGCUAUUUUCUAGUUUUUCCUGUAUUGUGUCAUUUUUAUUAAAAGAGGUUUGGGUUUAGCCUACACGUUAGAAGUAGUAGGCCUAAACAGUUUGUUCUGUUUAAAUUAUGUCUCAUUUUUAUCAGACCUACAGACAGUAUAGGUACGUGCAUUGUUUUACUUCUGAAAUGAUAACUUCUGAUAGGUAUAUUUAUUUGCCAUGUGACUUACCUUGCGUCCCCAAAACUCUCCAUCUUCCCAGGUGGAUUCGGCAGCUGCUCGUUGGAUGGCCAACAGUACAACGAUAAGGAUGUGUGGAAACCAGAACCCUGCCAGAUCUGCGUCUGCGACAGCGGAACCGUUAUGUGCGACGAAGUGAUUUGUGAGGACACAACCGACUGCGCCGACCCUAUCAUCCCCGACGGCGAAUGCUGUCCUAUCUGCCCCGACGACUCAGAGGAGGGUAGCCUACCUUUGAUGAUCUUAUACACCUGUGCUUUGUGGUAGCGUUCUGGCGCUGCCUAGUGGUACAAGUUGGCUGCAACGUUUCCAGUUAUAGACAGAGGGGGACAAACCCCAAAAGGAACCGAGCAGGCCUUAGGCUACACCGGCCAGACUGGGCUGGCCAUUACUUAGAAUGCACUGUGGAUACCUUAUUGAGGAUGAGCAGCAAAUAAUCAAAUUGGAUAUUACUAUUACUUCUCUUUUCCCUUCCACCUUCUUAAUGAAUGGAUGAACCCUGUUCAAUGCUGGAGAUGUGGAUGUGUAGAUUCAUUUUACACUCACAUCCCCUCAUAUAUAGGCCUAAUCAGCAUUAGGUCUGUGAUGCCUUCACACUGCUGUAUGGGGUCCAGCCAUCAUGCAUUCAUUGUCAACACAGUAUUAUUGUACAUUGAGAAUAAUUGUUUUACAUGAUACUACUAGUACACAGUUCAUGUUUGAUAUGAGUUUACAAGGGCUAAUAAUAAUAUUAUAUUUUCCUCUCAAUUGAUUUCAUAGGUCCCACGGUGGUGCCUAAGGUAUUUAUGCACAUUUUACCCCUAGGAUUGAUUUAUGUCGGUGAAAAUGUAUUAGUGCAUGACUGUUUUCAUAUUAACCUGCUUUUAGGCGUCAUGAAUGAGCCCAUUAUGUUCGUUAUGAGUAAUAUUUGUUGAAAUGUGCGGUGCAUGCUAUUCAUUUCAGUUCAUUCAAACUGUGAUACCUUUCGAAUGUGCUGUAGGCUUACCAUUUGACCCUCCACCAAACAAACGUCCAAUGCCUUUAUUUGUGCUAGACCUAAUGUACAUGUGUACUGCCUGCGGUAGACCUACACCUCUCUCAGUAGACCUACACCUCUCUCAGUAGACCUACACCUCUCUAAUUGUGAAAGCAGCACUGCAGCACACCUGAUUCUCCUUCUCUUGUUGUUCUCCCUCAGGGACCACAGGGAGAAGUUGGCCCCAAGGGUGAUGAUGUAAGUUUCAAGUUAAAUUUAGGACAUAAGUUUAACUUGAAGUUCAACUUGAAGUUGUUUCUUUUCUGGAAUUCAAUUGUAUAGCUAGCUACGUGUCUAUGGUUUAGUUGUUCCAUGAGAGGCCUAAGGAAAAACAUAUUCUGGUAUGGUGGAUUAGUGUCAUUGAUUAUUCUGACAAAUCAUGGCUUUGCGGAAGUGGUGCUUGAAGUGGAGGUUGGGAUUUGAACUGUAAAGGAUUGUAAACACAGCUGGACAUUUAGGAAGGGGAGGAGCUGGAGAUGGUCUUUGGCUUAUCUGCUGCUUCUGUUCAGUACAGAAUCAAAUGGAGUAACUAACCAGUGAGAUUAGGUUCUGAGUUUACACACCUAUUGAACACACCUAUAGAAAAUACCUAUGGAACACACCUAUUGAACACACCUCAUGAACACACCUAUUGAACUCACCUAUUGAACACACCUAUUGAACACACCUAUUGAACACACCUAUUGAACACACCUAUUUAACUCACCUAUUGAACACACCUAUUGAACACACCUAUUGAACACACCUAUUGAACACAGCAAAGCUAUUUUGCAGUAUAGUUUUUACAGUACAAUGUUAUUUUACUGUUUAACUUACACCAGUCUUUAAAAGUAAAGGUUGACAUUAGUUUCUAGGGACUGAAAUCGAUUUUCCAAAUAUUCAACAUAUUGACCUAUUGACCUUUGGUUAAACCUUUACCUUUGCAACACAGGUCAAAUGUAUGGAUCAUUGUUCCAUGUAGGUUUGUAGCCCAUGCUACAGCCUCUACUCUUUGAGUUGCCUAAUCAGCACUUGCAUACCAAGCAGUGUUAAUGAUUUGAGACAUUUUAAAGAAAGAAAUCAACAAAGGCAGAAUGUGAUUCACGACAUGCACUACUUCACCAUUUCUAGGUCUAUACCAAUUCAAAUAUCAUUUAUCUUAUGAAGUGCAUUAGAAGAUAGUCUUGAUUUGUCUAAUGCAGUGCACACAGAACUGUAUUUAUCUAAGUAACUCAGCCAUGGGUUGUUGAAGGCUGAGCUGUUACUGAGUAGCUGUCUGUCCAUCUCUCUGUCUCUGUUACUGACUAGCUGUCUGUCUGUCUGUACAUCUCUCCAGGGUCCUGAGGGUGUUCCCGGUAACGAUGGCAUGGACGGUCAGCCUGGCCUUCCCGGUCCCCCAGGCCCCCCUGGACCUCCUGGCCUUGGCGGCGGAGUAA